CGAAGCCUGCCGACCAAUUUUGGUCCAUUGACCAAGUCACAAUCCAACCUGCAGCUUUACCUUUAUCUCCGUUGUGUUGGGUAUAUCCAACGUGGCGCUACAUGAUUGGCCAGCCCAUCUUUCACAAUGGCUGCCAAGGGAAAAUCUAAUUUUAUUGUAUUUUUUACUAAAAAGUUAUAAAAAAAAUUUAAAAAAAAUUUAAAAAAAAUGGAAAAUUCCCAGCCUGCAGUUGCUGCUUUUCAAAGCCUGCGGCCUCCUUAACACCUGGUUCUUCCAAAAAAAAAAAACACCUGGUUUUCCCUCUUUUAUUCCUUUCAUUUGUUCACGAUUAUAUGUAAUCCAUCAAAAGCUCGUCCAGAGACAACCACAUAUUCUCCGAAGAGAACAGCAUUCGUGGCCAAAAGUUCGACGGGUUAAAGAACUUCCCGGACCACGACAACUCGGGUUUUUCGAUUCGAUUCGAUCCCCCAAGCUACGAGCCAGACUCGAUGGUGGCGGAGGAGGCCGCUUUGUCUCCUCUGAAUAAGUCGCCAUGGUCUUCUCAUAUGAACAACAAUAUCAACAACGACGAUAAUAAUAAUGCUUCAGAUACGGCUAACGAUAACUUCUCCCCCAACGUCCUCAUAGGCGCGUUGGUGCGCGAGGAAGGUCACAUAUACUCACUGGCCGCCUCUGGAGACUUGUUGUACACGGGGUCGGAUAGCAAGAACAUUCGGAUUUGGAAGCAGCACAAAGAGUAUUCGGGGUUCAAAUCGAACAGUGGGUUGGUUAAAGCGAUAAUCAUAGCGAGGGAGAAGAUCUUCACCGGUCAUCAAGACGGGAAAAUUAGGGUUUGGAAGGUGUCCUCCAAGAACGCAAACCACAAGCGCAUAGGAACUUUACCGACGUUGAAGAAUUACAUUAAGUGUUCCAUGAAGCCGAGUAAUUACGUUGAAGUGAGAGGCAAGAGCAAAGUCCUAUGGAUCAAGCAUUUUGACUCCAUCUCAUGCUUGAGCUUGAGCGAAGAUCAAACGUUGCUUUACUCUGCGUCGUGGGAUAAAACGUUUAAGGUAUGGAGGGUUUCCGAUUUCAAGUGCUUGGAGUCGAUCAACGCUCAUGACGACGCCGUGAAUGCAUUGGUUGUUGGAUUUGAUGGGUUGGUCUUCACCGCUUCCGCAGAUGGAACGGUUAAGAUUUGGCGGAAAGAGCUACAAGGAAAAGGUACUAAGCACUUCUUCUCACAAACGCUCUUAAAGCAGAAAUACGCAAUCACAUCCCUAGCUGUGAACACAGACGCCUCGAUCAUAUAUUGUGGCUCGUCCGACGGGCUAGUCAACUUUUGGGAACGGGAGAAGAACCUCCAACACGGCGGUGUUUUGAGAGGCCACAAACUUGCGGUUCUGUGCUUGGCCACGGCCGGUUGCUUAGUAUUCAGUGGCUCCGCCGAUAUGGGGAUUUGCGUGUGGAGAUUAGGCCCUGACGGGGACCACAUUUGCCUGUCGGUGCUGUCGGGGCAUACGGGGCCGGUGAAGUGCUUGGCUGUGGAGAGAGAUCACGAUCAGUCGACGUCCGGGGAGAAGAGGUGGAUCGUGUAUAGUGGAAGCUUGGAUAAGUCGGUGAAGAUGUGGAGGGUUUCGGAACAAGCGCUGCCUAUGGUGCCAAACCAGAAGCACCAGCACUACACGUCCGAUGGGAAUUGUGUGCCGAUGUUGAGCUCGGCGCCUAGCUUUGCUUCUCGUGGAGGGGAAAUGGGUUCAAGAAGAUUUUAGGGUUUGAUUGAUAUAAUAUCUGAUUGUUGUUGUGUGAUUAAUAUAUGGGAUUUUAUGCAUGCAUGCAUGCUUCUCCCAUUUUCUUGAUCCAAAUAUUGUUCAUGCCUAAGUUACGGUGGAUUUUGAAUCAUGUAAUUUGUAAACCUAAAGCUUUUAGGCAUGUGGAAUGCCAAAUAUUCACCACAAAUUACAUACAUAUGCUUGGGAAAAGUUUCUUUGCGUAGUUAA